UGACAAAGAACUACAGAUAAUUAACAACAAGAGGUCAUGCAAUCAUAAGAUGAACAUCAGUUAUGUCAAGAAGAUGCUCAUACAGACAGAAACCGGGAAAUUGAGAAGCAGAAAGGUAAAUGAGUUAUUUAGAGAACAAAGUGAAGAUGAGUUUUAAGUUGAGACUUAAAGGUCUGGAGAGAGGAGGCAGCAGUUUUUAAGCAGUUUUCUAAUUUUAAUUGGCUCCACUUCCAGGAGUAUGGUUUGAUGACAAAUUAUCACGAAAGGACCAUGUCGAUUUUAUAUUAAAGAAAUGUGGAAAAAAUUUAAAUGUAAUGAGAGCAGUAGCAGGUCAAUAUUGGGGUGCUGAUAAACAGUCAUUAAAGGGAAUUUAUGUUGGUCUUAUGCGAUCAACCCCAGACUAUGGAUGCAUUGUUUAUGAGUCGGCAUCAUCAACAUUGUUAAAGAAAUUAGAUGUCAUUCAAGCUAAGGCAUUAAGUUAUAUGGAUUAUAGUUAUAAUAAUUAAAUUAAUUUUAGGAGCAGUUAAAACCACACCCAUUGCAGCGUUACAAGUAGAGACAUCAGAAAUGUCAUUAAGUAUAAGAAGACAGAAACUAGCAAUGGCAUACUGGGUAAACCUACAAGGACAAAAAGAUAAUCAUCCUGUAAGGGAAGUUCUGAAUGAUUGGUGGGAAAUUGUAAAUGCAAAUGGUAAAGGCUUUGCAUGGAAAAUAAAAGAGUGGGUUAAUGAAGCUGGUCUAGAGUCAAUAUCAUUUGCUCCAAUAGUGGUAGUAUCCCCAAUUCCACCCUGCAUAAUAGAUCAACCGGAAAUAGACAUACAAUUACAUAAAAACAGAAGGGAAAUGAAUGAAGCAGUUAGUUUAAUUACAUAUGUAUGUGAGUAUAUAAGAGUUUGAGGUGAGGAAGGGUGAAGGAUAACAGAUGGUGCAUCAGUAUAUACAGCUGAGAUCGUAGCUAUUUCAACGUCACUAGAGUGGGUGUAUGAAGCUAGACCUGAUAAAGUAGUAAUAUGUUCUGAUUCAAUGGCAGUCCGUUUGAGCUUACAAUCAUUGGAAACAAAUAGAACUGACAUUUUAACUGAAAUCAUGAUUAGGUUAUACGGUUUACGACAGAUGAGAAUAAUAAUUAAAGUUAUGUGGGGACCAGCACACGUGGGAAUGCAAGGUAACGAGGAAGCAGACAGGAUUGACAAAGAAUCAAUUAAAAUGAAAGAACCAAACAUAAACAUUGCGCUCAGUAGAUCAGAAGGAAAACAUUUAAUUUCAGAAGCAUGCAAUAGGAAAUGGCAGACAGUAUGGGACUCGUGUCAUACAGGUCGACACUAUUACAAGGUUCAGAAAACCAUAAAGAAGAGCAAAAUAAUUCGCAACUUAAGUAGAAAAGAACAAGUUAUUUUCACACCUUUACGAACAGGACGUUCGAAUCUAAAUCACACUUUACACAUUAAAGGGAAACGUGACACAGGUCUAUCUGAUGUGUGUUUAGUAGAGGAAACUGUAGAGCAUGUUAUGCAGAUAUGCAAGACAUAUGAAAUACAAAGGAGGAUCCUUAAGGAAGAAUUACAAGCAGUAGGAUCCCAGGAAUUUAAUAUAACUAGCUUAUUAAAUGAUGGUCCAAAUUCAAGAAAACAAAUGCAUGCAGUCAUGAGAUUCAUUAAGAAUAGUGGUCUAUAUAAUAGGAUAUAGGAGGGUUAUUCAUUCUUUUCACACUCCAUCACAGUAGGUGGCGGUAUGCACCUUAAUUGGAAGUUAGUUCGCAACCCGCCAUUAAAUUCAAAGAAGAAGAAGAAGAAGAAGAACUUCUCUUUUUUUUGUUCUACUUGAGCUGAACGGCUGCAGUCCUGGAUUCAGUGAGAGCUGAGGAACAAAUCACUUUCAGCAGAAACCGUGAACUAAGAGUCAUCAAAGCUUUCGGGCGCAGCUGCAGCGAUCUUCUGAGGAGAGGUCAAUACCUGUAAUAUUCUCAUCCUCACAGUCGUGACUACGUUUUGAAGCAAGCAGGAAUAUCUGGAGGAGUAUCAUCUGAACUGAGAUCUGCUGCUGUGAAGAUGGAGUUUGUUAAAGAGGAGAGUGAAGAGAUCACAAUUGAACCAGAAACCUGGAGAAUAAAACACGAGGAGCCAGGAACCUGCAGAAUAAAACACGAGGAGCCAGAAACCCGGGGAAUAAAACACGAGGAGCCAGAAACCCGGAGAAUAAAACAUGAGGAGGCAGAAACCCGGGGAAUAAAACACGAGGAGCCAGAAACCCGGGGAAUAAAACACGAGGAGCCAGAAACCUGGAGAAUAAAACACGAGGAAUCAGAAACCUGGAGAAUAAAACACGAGGAGCCAGAAACUGGGAGAAUAACCAGAAACCGAAGAAUAAACACGAGGAACCAGAACCCGGAGAAUAAAACACGAGGAGCCAGAAAACCGGAGAAUAAAACACGAGGAAUCAGAAACCCGGAGAAUAAAACACGAGGAAUCAGAAACCCGGAGAAUAAAACUCGAGGAGCCAGAAACCCGGAGAAUAAAACACGAGGAACCAGAAACACGGAGAAUAAAACUCGAGGAGCCAGGAGAAUAAAACACAAGGAACAAGGAGGCCUGAUGAAAAUGAAAGAAGAAAGACAAGAUCUGAAUGAGGUGGAGGAGAAAGAUCAUGUCAAUGGAGAAAAAUCAGUGAGUUGCAGCAUUAAAAAAACAGAAGUCAAAAAGCCUUUCAGCUGCUGUCAGUGUGGAAAGAGUUUUAUACAGAAAGCACAACUUAAAAAUCAUUUGGUAACUCACACUUCAGAAAAACCUUUCAGUUGCUCUCAGUGUGGAAACACUUUUACACGCAAAGAAAGCCUUAAGAAUCACAUGUUAAUUCAUACUGGAAUAAAGCCUUUCAUCUGCUCUCAGUGUGGAAAGAGUUUUAUACAGAAAGCAGGCUUAAAGGAUCACAUGUCUAUUCAUACUGGAAUAAAGUCUUUCAUCUGCUCUCAGUGUGGAAAGAGUUUUAUACAGAAAGCACACCUUAAGAGUCAUUUGGUAACUCACACUUCAGAAAAGCCUUUUAGUUGCUCUCAGUGUGGAAACACUUUCACGUUUAAAUCAAGCCUUAAGAAUCACAUGUUAAUUCAUACUGGAAUAAAGUCUUUCAUCUGUUCUCAGUGUGGAAAGAGUUUUAUACAGAAAGAACAACUUAAGAGUCAUUUGGUAACUCACUCUUCAGAAAAACCUUUCAGCUGCUCUCAGUGUGGAAAGAGUUUUACAUAUAAAGUAAGCCUUAAGAACCACAUGAUAAUUCAUACUGGAAUAAAGCCUUUCAGCUGUUCUCAGUGUGGAAAGAGUUUUACACAGAAAUCUAGCUUAAAGGAUCACAUGAAAAUUCAUACUGGAAUAAAGUCUUUCAGCUGCUCUCAGUGUGGAAAGCGUUUCAUACGUAACAGUAAUUUUAAGAGGCACAUGUUAAUUCAUGCUGGGAUAAAAUCUUUCAUCUGCUCUCAGUGUGGAAAGAGUUUUACACUGAAAGGACAACUUAAGAGUCAUUUGGUAACUCACACUUCAGAAAAACCUUUCAGCUGCUCUCAAUGUGGAAACACUUUCACGUUUAAAUCAAGCCUUAAGAGGCACAUGUUAAUUCAUACUGGGUAAAAGUCUUUCACUUGCUCUCAGUUUGGAAAAACUGUUACACAGAAAGGACACUGCAAGGUUCAUUUGGUAACUCACUCUUCAUAAAAGCCUUUCAUCUUAGGGAGUUAAAGUAAAUGACUGUUUUUCUGAAUGACUGUUGUCAUCUACUGGAUCACCUCAAGGAUGUGUCCUCUCCCCCUUAUUAUUUAUCUUGUACACAAAGACUGUAAGAAUAGUUUUAUGCUGUGUUCACACCAAACGCGAAGAGAGCAUCUGGCGCAAAUGAUUUCAAUGUUAAGUUAAUGUAAAGACACGUUUACGCGCGUCUGGAGGUCUCGCGGCGCGAAUGAGGCGUUUAGCGUGGUAAACAUGAAUUUGCCUCAUUCGCGCAUCUAGUUCGCGCGAAUUGAGCAUGUGGCGCGAUACGCGCGAAUGUGCUUUUUGUGCAUUUAACGCGAAUUCGCGUCCGACGCCCGUGUUGAAAAAUUUGAACUUUGGCGUCAAUUUGCGGUGUGUUAACCAAUCAGGAGCCUGCUCAGGAGUCACUCAUUCAACAUGGAGGAACGACUGAUAUUGUCAGUGAGCAGUCAGCCAGAGCUAUAUGACACAAGUUCAUAUUUCUAUAGAGACAGGAAUAAAAAGGACCUCGCUUGGAAGAGUGUGUUGUAAAUACACAUUUAACUUUUGAGUCACGUACAUGUUUAUCGACCCGCGGCUUUCCCGCCAUUUUUUACAACUAUUUUCCCACCAAAAUAUACAGCUACUUUUCACUAACAAGAUAAUGUGUUUAUUCAGAGGACAAAGCCUCGAAUGCUCGAUCAACAUCAGCCAUCUUGCAAACAGACAAUCGCCUAGCACUUGCCCCUCCCACAAGAAGCGGAUUUUGCCUUGGACGCGCAUCAAUUUUGCUUCAAACUCUUGCUUUCUACGCGUGUCUAUUUCGCUCUAGACACGCGAAUGCAUUCAAAAUGUUCAAGCGGCAAACUAGACGCGGUAGAUGCGAAUUUGACGCUUUAUUCGCGUUUGGUGUGAACGCAGCAUUAGAAAUAGGCAUAUUAUAAAAUUUGCUGCUAAUUCUGUAAUCGUUAGCUUAAUGAGUGAGGAGGACUCCUUGUUUGGCCCUGUGGUUUAUGAUUUUAUUAUGUGGUGUCAGAAUGCUUUCUUGAAACAUACUGUAAAGGCACAAUAUGUAAUUUUCACCGCUGGAGGGUGUGUAUUCAAAAUAAGCCGUCUAAGUGAAACAAGGCCAACGAACAAGCGUGACACACGUAUAGCUUGAAAGCUUUUAUUAUGCCAGAGUUGAUCGUGUCCGCUGCUUCUGGUCGUGCAUAUGAGAGGUAAAGCAGCACUGUUUUAUCAUACUAGAUACGUUUGAAAGUCCUGUUAUAUUGUUACUCUGUGCGGUCGUCACCAGUCUAUUAAAACACACACCACAUAUUAAAGUGUCUUUGGUGGUUCCUUGUUUUCUACAAAACAAAACCAGAAAUUGGGGGGUUAUGACAUCAUUGGCAGGCCACACUAUGGCCACUGUCCGUGUAACUAGUUUUAAACAUUCUUCGAAACAUUUGGGAUAAUGCAAGUACACAAGUCAGCAAAAUAUAUAACACUUCCAGUGGUUUUGGGAUAUUGUAAUAAAAUAAUAUUGCAUAUUGUGCAUUUAAUGUUUCUAAAACUAAGGAGAUGACUAUUGAUUUUAACUCUUGGAUGAAAUCUAUUUAAUAGAAGCAAACAAGCAUUAAUGGAGUAGGUAUUGAGAGUUUUUAACAGUACAAGUAUUUGGGUACUGUUUUGGAUAACAAAUUUUUAUUUUCUCCCAAUACUGAGGUUUUGUGUAAGAGGGGGCAGCAAAGAUUGUUUUGCUUGUGGAAACUAAGGUUAUUUAAUGUGGACAAAACCUUGAUGUGCAUGUUCUACAGAUCCUAUAUUGAGUUAUUGUUAUCUUUUUCACUGUUGUGCUGGUUUAAUUAUCUAAAAGUGAAAAACAUGAAUUGUCUUGAUUGUAAACCAGGGAAGUAAAAUAACUUUUUAUCCCCUCAGUUGAAAUUUUUUUAAAUUUAAGGUAAGAACUUUUUAGGAAGGAAAUGUAUUGUGUUUUUGUUGUUUAUGUGAAAUGUUUGAUUGCUGCUAAAUUGCCUUUGGGAAAUAAAUAAAAUGAACUGAACUGAACUGAA